UUGGUCCAAACAGGUAGUUCACGUGAACACGGGCUGAUCAUCGGCAAAAAUGUAAUUUUGGUGCCGGCCGGUACAGCUAGGAGGCUCGCUCAUUCCGGACGCACAUUAGCACGAGCGUAUUACUCUAGUGAGCUGAAGCUGCAUUCACUAACACGAGACACUGGGCUUGGUGAAGAAGUUUGACCCAGUUCAAAUGCCGUGACACAGUGCACGUGACUGCCGUCCCAACGAGCCCACCAUGCCGAUUGAACUCGCCAUGCCGAUUUAUCUGACAAACGAAGAGUUCCUGAACCCGAGGGUGACUAAAUACAGCAGGCCCUUGCGGCCAUGUCUGCACCGGUGUCAAAGUACCAAACUUAGUUUCGGCUCUCCAAGGGAGCAGCCAGAGUUGAAUAGGGCCAGCGCACAUGUGGCGAUACCUGGCAGGGCCAAAAAACAAGUAUCUUUUGCUGAUCACAAAGGCCUCGCCCUGACGAUGGUAAAGGUCUUUUCUGAAUUUGAUGACCCUAUUGACAUCCCAACCAACAUUGUGCAGUUUUUUAGCUCUUUGGUGACUCUGCCAGAAGGGAAGGACAAGCUAACCCUCGACUUUGACCAGCCAUCUGCAGAUUACUUAAAGUUUCGUCAACGUAUAGAGAAUGAAAACCUCUGCCUCGAACACUGCAUGCUUAAGGAAAAAUCUAUAGCAGGGACGGUCAAAGUCAAAAACCUUUCCUUUGAGAAGUCCGUUAAGCUUCGCAUUACGUUUGACACUUGGAAAAGUCAC